AUAAAAGAUGGAAGCAUGCUCAAUUUUUCAGACUGGGAGUCAAGAGCUGAACAAGUUUAUCAUGAGCAGUAUUGUCCUAGUCUCCAACCCAGGACCACAGAUAAGUGGCAAAAAGUAUAUUCACAUUGCUUAUUUAUAUGCUACUUUUAUAUCUCAUUGUUUCUCUGGAAAUAGGCUUCCUAUAAUUUUAUGUCGUCUGCUUAACCAUAGCCAGAGAGAAAUAGAAUUACAACAGAGUUGGAAGGGACCUUGGAGGUCUUCUAGUCCAACCCCCUGCAUCGGUAGGAAACCCUACACUACUUCAGACAAAUGGUUAUCCAAUCUCUUCUUAAAAACUUUCAGGAGAUGAUGAUUGCAAAGACCUGUGUGCAGUGUGUUCAUUAAUAGGAAAAAUUGGGCAGUAAAGAAUGGAAUAUUUAAGAGUUAUACCCUCAGCUAACAGCCUUCUCCAAAUCAGUAGCCUUCAGAAAUUUAGGACUGCCAUCCCCAUCAGCUACAGCCUGAAUGCCCAGAAAUGUUAAGGAAUGACAGAAAUUAUAAUGCAAAAUCUCUGGGUGACAUAAAGCUGGUGACAUAAAAUCUGAUAGCUCUUUAGUAACAUGCUGAUAGAAGAAAGCAGGUGGCUACAAGACCAAAACCAUGAAGGAAGGAUGAAGACGCAUAUGCUUAUGAAAUCUAAUGCUUUAGUUAAAAUGCUUACUUUCUCUGGGAAAUUCUCAAAUGAGUAUUUGGUUUCCAUCUGCACAUUAGGAAGGAACAGUCAAGUUAUUAUUGGACCAAAUGCAUUUAUAAAUUGGUUCCAUCUGUUUUUCACAUUAAAAUGUUUAGGCCACAUACAUAUUGAUAUUUAAAUAAAUAUAUUUUAUUAGAAAUAUAAAGGUCUCAAUAUAUUUCAUUCAAAAUUUCCCCUUUGAAUGCAUAGUUAAUUGAGAAUUACAUUGCAAAAUCCAGACAAGACUGAAAUUUAAACAAUGAUAAAAAAUAUCUUCCCUUCCAUGUGUUAAUGUUAAUUAAUCAGAUCACUUCAUUUUGGAAUUUUCAAUGUUUGAAUUCUUAAAGCAUUUAGACAUCUUCAUUUAUUAUUCAUAGAAGCACAUAUCCACACAUGUACAUAAUAAAUGAUACUUGAUUCUUUUGGAUCAAUUAAAUUGGAAGCUCCAAAUAUAACAGAUGGAUCAAUUUGGAGCCUCCAGAUAUAAGUCUGUAAAUCUAGCCAUGGUGAUUGGCUUUACAUGCGGCACUAAAUCAUAUGAUAUUUUAAGACUUGGCUUAACACCAGGGGUGGGUUCUAGUUACCUUUACUACUGGUUUGCAGCGGGAUCGCGUGCAUGCAGAAGCUUCCUGAUGAUGUCAGGGUCGGUGGGCGGAGCCUACCCCCAGUUCUACUACCGGUUCGCAAGAACUGGUUCGAACUGGGGGCAACCCACCAUUGCUUAACACAUAUGUGAACCUGCCAUUGUGGUUUAUAAACCAUGGCUUAUGGCUCAGCACAACGUGUAAAUCAGGUUACUAUAAUCUAUUUCAUACAUACUGCUAUUCCAGUUAAUAUAGCAUAGCUUAUUGAACAAAUCACCCUUAACUUACUGACAUCUUUCCUCAGAGAGACUAAGGAAAGGAGCAGUAGGUUAAACACUCAGCUUGUACUAUACAAGAUGAAAGUCUUAACUGACAAAACAGAAUACCCAUAGUUAAACAAAUCAUUGUUUAGCAUAAUGGGUGAACCCAGAACUAUCACUUACACAAGGCUUCAUUAUGGGCCAAACCAGAUGAUUAAGUGACAAAGGAAGAGCAUCCUACUGGAAACAAACCUUCACCUUAAUCAUCUAGAUACUUAGUGGUUAGAACAUACCACAUACAUAUUUUUCUCUCUGUAAUGAUCUCCUUUCUUAAAAAAAACAACAAACAGGAAUUUUUCUUUUUUUUUUUAAAAAAAAACAGAAAUUAUGCAAAAAUAUUGGCUUGGUUUCAUCAAUUUCUCAACAAAUAGACUGCAUUCCACUGAAAUGGCAACUUUUGAAAUUUCUAAAACUAAAUAGUGCCGAUCAUUUAAAUAUAUACUAUAUAGCAGGGGUCUCCAGCCUUAGUAACUUUAAGGUUUGUGGACUUCAACUCCCAAAGUUGAAGUCCACAAACCUUAAAGUUACUAAGGUUGUAAACCCCUGCUAUAUAGGAUACUUAAGUAUUUAUCAUUCCUAUAACUUAAGUCAAGACUCUAGCUGGAUUUUUCAUGUGGCAUUAUCUCUCAGCCUGAAGUAACGGAAAUAAUACUGAAUUUCCUCACUGGUUCAUUCUGCUAGACAAAUAAUUCAGAAUCACAUUUAUUUAUUUAUUUAUUAAAUUUAUUUGUCACCCAUCCCAUUUCAAAACAACUAUGGGCUGCUGACCGCGUUAAAAGCUUUGUAAGUCCUCGACUUACAACAGUUCUUUAAGUGACCAUUCAGAGUUACAACAGCACUGAAAAAAAGUGCCGUUGCAUGUCCAUUUUUCAUACACCAUUUCAGCAUCUCCAUGAUCGUGUGAUCAAAAUUCAGACACUUGGCAACUGACUCACAUUUAUGACGGUUGCAGUGUCCUUGUGCCAUGUAAGCCCCUUUUGCAACCUUCUGACCAGCAAAGCCAAUAGGGAAGCUAUAUGCACUUAACAACGGUGUUACUAACGUAACACCUGCAGUGAUCCACUUAUCAACUGUGGCAAGAAAAGUUGUAAUGUCUCACUUAUUAUCAUACAUUUUGGGCUCAAUUGUGAAGGCAGAAAAGAAAUUUUUGUCUGAUCCUUCCAGAUCAAUGUAUGUAAUCAUAAAAGAGAAAUAUUUCUAAAACAAUGAAAAUGUAAAUUACAGUCAAAAUUGUUAAGAGAUGGGGAGUGAGGGAGCAGAAUGAGUGGAGGGGGGCCAGGUGGGUUUGCUUCUUAAUUCAUCAACCACUCUAGUGUCAUGUUUCGUCAUUGGAUCCCCAAGCCAUCUGGCAAACCCAGGUCUUCAGGCUCUGGGGAAGGUCAGAAGGGUGGAACAGGCUGGAGCUUUGGACCGUGUUGUGCCUCGCAGCCUCUGACCUGGCGUCGGUCUCAACCAGCUCCUUGGUUCUCCGAGGAGCUGAGGGAGAUGAAACGCCAGAAAAGACGCCUAGAGAGUGUCUGGAGAUCCAACCGUUCUAAGGCUGACCGGACACUAGUUAGGUCCUAUAGCAGGACCUACCUAGUGGCAUUGAGGGAUGCGAAACUUUCCUACGUUUCCUCCCUCAUUGCGUCAGAAGAUAACCGCCUGGCCGCCCUGUUUCGGGUGACCCGCUCUCUCCUUCAACAGGAGGGGCGGGAGGACCCCUUACAAGGGCGCGCCGAGGAGUUUAACGGUUAUCUAUACGAUAAAAUCGUUCAGCUUCGGGACAGAUUGGAUCAAAAUUGGGUAGAUCCAGGCGAGAGUUCCGAGACCCGUCUUGUUGAGGUGGUUUGGGAUAACUUUGACCCUGUGACUCCCGAGGACAUGGACAGGUUGCUGGGUAGGUUGAAUGCCACCACAUGUUUACUGGAUCCGUGCCCCUCCUGGUUGGUGCUGGCCACGCAGGAGGUGACAUGAGGCUGGCUCCGGGGGAUUACAAAUACUUCUUUGCAGGAGGGGGUCUUUUCCGCUGCCUUGAAAGAGGCGGUGGUGAGACCUCUCCUCAAGAAGCCUUCCCUGGACCCAGCUGUUUUAGAAAAUUACCGCCCAGUCUCCAAUCUUCGCUUUACGGCAAAGGUUGUAGAGAGUGCGGUGGCAUGUCAGCUACCCCAGUACCUGGAUGAAACUGUCUAUCUAGUCCGGCUUUCGGCCCAGAUACAGUACGGAGACGGCUUUGGUCGCGUUGGUGGAUGAUCUCUGGAGGGCCAGGGAUAAGGGUUAUUCCUCUGCCCUGGUCCUAUUAGACCUCUCAACGGCUUUUGAUACCAUCGACCAUGGUAUCCUGCUGCGCCGGUUGGAGGGGUUGGGAGUGGGAGGCACCGUUUAUCAGUGGUUCUCCUCCUACCUCUCUGACCAGACGCAGACGGUGUUGACAGGGGGGCAGAGAUCGACUCCGAGGUGCCUCAUGUGUGGGGAACUGCAGGGAUCGAUUCUCUCACCCCUCCUGUUCAACAUCUAUAUGAAGCCGCUGGGUGAGAUCAUCAGUGGUUUUGGGGUGAGAUACCAACUAUACGCUGAUGACACGCAGCUGUACUUUUCCACCCCAGGCCACCCCAGCGAAGCCGUCAAAGUGCUGUCCCGGUGUUUGGAAGCUGUACGGGUCUGGAUGGGGAGGAACAGGCUCAAACUUAAUCCCUCCAAGACGGAGUGGCUGUGGAUGCCGGCACCCCGGUACAGUCAGCUGCAGAUGCGGCUGUCUGUUGGCGGCGAGUCGUUGGCCCCGAUGGAGAGGGUGCGCAACUUGGGCGUGCUCCUGGAUGGGCGGUUGUCCUUUGAAGAACAUUUGACGACCGUCUCCAGGAGAGCUUUUUAUCAGGUUCGCCUGAUCUGCCAGUUGCGUCCCUUCCUGGACCGGGAUGCCCUAUGCACGGUCACUCAUGCUCUCGUUACCUCUCGCUUGGACUACUGCAAUGCUCUCUACAUGGGGCUUCCCUUGAAGAGCACUCGGAGACUCCAGCUAGUCCAGAAUGCGGCUGCGCGGGUUAUUGAGGGAGCAGUUCGGAGCUCCCAUGUAACACCUAUCCUGCGCAGACUGCACUGGCUACCUGUUGUCUUCCGGGUGCGCUUCAAGGUAUUGGUUACCACCUUCAAAGCGCUCCAUGGCUUAGGACCGGGAUACUUACGGGACCGUCUACUGCCGUCUUCUAUCUCCCAGCGACCGGUGCGUUCCCACAGAGAGGGACUCCUUAGGAUGCCGUCAGCCAAACAAUGUCGACUGGUGGCCCCCAGGGGGAGGGCCUUCUCUGUGGGGGCUCCUACCCUGUGGAACGAGCUCCCCCUUGGACUUCGACAAUUACCUGACCUUAGGACCUUUCGCCACGAACUUAAAACCUAUUUAUUUCGUAUGGCUGGACUGGCUUGAUUUUUAAAUUUUUAAUUUAAUUUAAUGGGUUUUAAAUUUCUGUAAUUUUAUAGGGUGUAAUUUGUAUCUUAAAUUUUCUGGCUAAUUGAAUAAGUUUUUUAAGGGUUGUUUUUAAUAUUGUGCGUGCUUUUGUUUGUAUUUUAUUUGGCUGUUCACCGCCUUGAGUCCUUCGGGAGAAGGGCGGUAUACAAAUUAAAAUAUUAUUAUUAUUAUUAUUAUCAUCUCACCUCAGGGGGUAAAAUAUUCCAAAGGGCAGGAGCCAUGCAGAGAAGGUCAUUUUCUUGGACCCCACCAGCCAGAAAUCCUUUACCAAUGGGACCUGCAACAUGCCUCCUCUGCCAGCAUGAUUGGGGUACAUCAAUCUUAGUAGGAUGAGAUGAUUCCUCAAGUGACCUGGACCCAUGUCAUGUAGGGUAAAGGUAAUAACCAACACCUUGAAUUGCACCCGGAGGCUAACUGGCAGCCAGUGCAGCUCACGGAGGAGUGGUGUAACGUGGACCACCCUGGGGGCCUCCAGUACUGCCUGCACCAACGUACUGUGUGCCAUUUGAGACUUCCAAAUGCUCUCCAAGGGCAGUUCCAUGUAAAGCGCACUGCAGUAGUCCAGAUGUGAGGGGACCUGAGAAUUUUAAUGACUGAGUGUAGGGACUCCCAAUCCAGGAAUCCAGGAAAGGUCACAACCAGUGCACAACACAAAGUUGGGCAAAGACUCUCUUAGCUAUGAUUGCCACCCGCUCUUUGAGGAGUCAUGAGUCCAGAAGAACCUCCAAGAUACAGACCAUGUCUGCCUGGGACAGUGCCACCCCAUCCAGAAAUAAGUUAGUUAAAGUCCUGGAUCUUGAAACUCCAUGGACUCAAAGCCAUUCAGUCUCGCCAAGGUUCAGUUGAAGCCUGUUGUCCCCCAACCAAGCCCCCAGAGCCUCCAGGCACUGCGAGAAGCCAACAACAACACACUUGGAUAACUGGGAUGGAGUUAAAAAGUUGAGUAUCAUCAGCUUACUGAAGAUACCUCAGCCCCUGGUGGAGUGAAUGAUCUCACCCAGCAGCUUCAUAUAGAUAUUAAAAAGGGGUCAUGGGUGUACCAUGGUACACCACAGAGGAGUGGUCGUGGGCUAGUCUUCUCACUUCCUAUCAACGCUGGUUGGGACAGAUCUUGGAGAAAAGAGCCAAAUCAGCACAAAGCUGUACUGCCUAGCUCCAAACCCUGCAGCCAGCCCAAAGGGAUACCAGAUAGCAUGGUUGAUGGUAUUGAAGGCCACCGAGAGAUCAUGGAGAGCAAGGGUGGUUGCACUACCUCCAUCUGGCUCUUCCUAGAAAUCAUCAACAACUGCAACCAAUGUCAUUUCUACUUACUGUUCUAAGAUAGCACUUAGCAAUAGCCCUUAGACUUAUAUACCAUUUCAUAGUGUUUUACAGUCCUCUCUAAGAGGUUUACAGAAUCAGCAUAUUGCCCCCAACAAUCUGGGUCCUCAUUUUAUGGACCUCAGAAGGACGGAAAGCUGAGUCAUCUUUGAGCCUGUGGGACUCAAACUGCCAAACAGCUGGCAGCAGGCAGGCAGCAGAAGUAGCCUGCAGUACUGCAUUCUUUAUUUGCUGGUGACAAUUUUUAAAAAUCUGACCAAAUCAAUCAACCUUUUUUUUUAUACUGAGAUAUACUUUUUUUAUAUACUUUUUUUUUUUUGAUAUACUGAGAGCAUAUGGACCAAGACAAAUUCCUUGUGUGUCCAAUCACACUUGGCCAAUAAAAAAUUCUAUUCCAUUCUAUUCUAAAACCCGGAAGGAUCAGUCAAAAAAUUAUUUUUUGCCUUUCCUUUUCUAACUAGCUCUCCCAAAUGACUGUAGUAAGGAGGGAUGUUAGGUGGAAAGAUGAGAAUCUCAGAAACACCUCGGUUGUAUUAAUAGACAAUGCCUCCAUCCUACCGUCAUGUUUUUUUUCCCUUUCAGUCCCUCUAUGCAGCAGUCCACUUCACAUGAUAAUAGAACUAUUUAUUUAUUUAUUUUAUUUAUUUAUUUAUUUAAUUAAAUUUUUAUACUGCCCUUCUCCCGAAGGACUCAGGGUGGUUCACAGCCAGAUAAAAACAAAACAACAAUACAUAAAUACAAGAUAAAACAAUAUUUAAAAAACUUAUUAAAUUUGGCCCAGAUUAAAAUAUAUUUAAAACAGUAAAACCCACUAAGUAAAAUUAAAAGCCGAAUAAAAAAUCUAAAAUUCUAUGCCAGUCCUGCGCGGAUAAAUAAAUAUGUCUUCAGCUUGCGGCGGAAGGUUCAAAGGUCAGGAAGUUGACGAAGUCCUGGGGGAAGUUCAUUCCAGAGGGUGGGAGCCCCCACAGAGAAGGCCCUCCCCCUGGGGGCCGCCAGUCGACAUUGCUUGAUGUCGACUGGCGGCCGACUAUGAUAAAGCAAGCAGUUUAGAUAAUCUUCUGGCAAAUGAAUUGGACCAAACAGUGAAUGGAACUAUUAAUUGUCUUUAGUUUCUUUUAUAGAUCCUAAACUAGUCCAGUUGACAGUACCACUUCAUCUCACAGAAAUCAGAAAUGCAAGCCAGGUAUAACUUGUCAUAAGGUAACUGUUCUUAUACUUCUAAUAAGUAAUAGUGGCUGUAUUGCUUUGGUGCAACGUUGAGUUUAGACAACCAGAUUUCCAUGCAGCUUCCCUAGCUAUGCCAACAGCUUUUAUACAGGUUGCAUUGAGUAGCUAGAACUCCUCUAUUUCAGAUGGGAAAAUAGAAAGAGCUGGAUUAUGUCUGUAAUCACUCUGCUCUUAUGAAAACAUAGCUGAAAUUUGAUAGAAGGGAAUGAUGAUUAUAACUAAGAGUGAAAUAGUUAGGAAGAAACUGAAUCCACUAAAAGGCCACCAAUGCAAUGGUUAAUUUAGAGUGCAGUGGUAAUACAUGGUGACUUUCAUAAUGUAAACUUCCUAGCCACUUAGAUCUUUGCAUCAUCUGCCUUCUGGAGUUUCUCCUGUCUUUUUAUAUUACGCACAUCCUUGAGUUAAACCAGGGAAUUCCCAGGAAAGGCAUUUUAGAUCAAGUCAAGAGCAUUCUCCCUUUCUUACUAUUCUAGAACAAGAUCAGGUUUUUAACAGGAGUGGCAGAAUUGGUAGCACAAUCUGUGAAUCAGAUGAGCAGUCUACGGCAAUGGGACUUAAUCCAGAAUUGGCUGAUGUUUUUGCACUACAAGUCCCAACAGUCAACCCCGCUGUUUAGGGUGAUGGGAAUUAAAACAUUUGGGAGAGGGGCGAAUUAAGGCUCAUGGUUGAGCUGCUUUGAGCUGUCCAAGAGCCGAUUUUAAGGAAAUGAGCCACCAAAGGACUGGAGGAAGAGAACAGUCACCCUGUUCAGGGAAAGCAACUGAGCAAGGCCAACAGUGUCAGUGGCCGCUGCCCAAGUUCCAGAAACAGGACAACCUUCCCGGAGAGGACUUGCAGAUGGCAACAUGCAUAGAAAGGAAAGCUGAUUUCUGAGCGAUUAACAAAUGGAAACAAGAAUUAGAAGCAGCCCGAGACCCAAGAAGAAGAAGAAGAAGAAGAAGAAGAAGAAGAAGAAGAAGAAGAAGAAGAAGAAGAAGAAGAAGAAGAAGAAGAAGAAGAAGAAGAAGAAGAAGAAGAAGAAGAAGAAGAAAUAUAGGACUUCGUUAGAACUUGUCAAGGCGGCACCCGGUUAAGUGUUUUCCUUUAACGCCAGGAAGCAAAAGCCGAGGUGUCUCUGAGCGCGUGCAAAGUAAGGCUUCCUCCCAGCUGAACGCAACUCCACGCGUGCCUUAAAGGACUUUAAAGCCGAGGCGCAGGAGUCACUCAGAAACGUGCCACGAAAUUUCACUUCAAUGCAUGCCGGUUAGCGUCCAUUCAAAGUGACAAUAAAGUUUGGUCUAAGUCUAAAUCCAAGUCCCCUCGAAGUUUGCUGUCCGAGACGCCCUCUUAGGCUAAGGCAAGCCAAGGAGCAAAUUGUCCCAGCGAAUUCCGCGCUCCUGACUUCGGAGUAACGUCGUGGAGGGAAAGGGGGAGACGGGGGGGGGAGGUUUCAGCUGCAGCGUGGUUCCCCUCAGUUCGCGCGCCUUCCCUCUCGUGUGUGUGUGUGUGUGUGUGUGUGUGUGUGUGUGAGAGAGAGAGAGAGAGAGAGAGAGAGAGAGUGUAUGUGUGCGUGUGCGAGUGCGUGUCCCGCUGACUGCGCAGACAUGACCCCGCUAAGCAUCGCACUGCAUCCCUGGAAGCCAAGGCAGGCAGGCGGGAAGCCCGCCGGGAGAUCCGCUCCUCGAAAGCGG